CGUGCGCGAGCGGAAGUGGGCCGCGGGGGACCGUGAGGGGAGGGAAGGAGGCGGUUCCGCCUGUGUGUCGGAGUGGACAAAAUGGCGAAGAUCGCCAAGACGCACGAAGAUAUCGAAGCCCAGAUCCGAGAGAUCCAAGGCAAGAAGGCGGCUCUCGAUGAAGCCCAGGGAGUGGGCUUGGACUCCACCGGUUACUACGAUCAGGAAAUCUACGGCGGAAGCGACAGCAGGUUCGCCGGAUACGUCACCUCCAUCGCCGCGACUGAGCUUGAAGACGAUGACGAUGACUACUCCUCUUCCACGAGCUUGCUGGGCCAGAAGAAGCCAGGAUACCACGCCCCGGUGGCGUUGCUCAAUGACAUCCCCCAGUCGACGGAACAGUACGACCCAUUCGCUGAGCACCGGCCCCCCAAGAUCGCCGAUCGCGAGGAUGAAUACAAGAAGCACAGACGAACGAUGAUCAUUUCCCCAGAACGUCUAGAUCCUUUCGCAGAUGGUGGCAAGACUCCUGAUCCUAAAAUGAACGCUAGAACGUAUAUGGAUGUCAUGCGGGAACAACAUUUGACUAAAGAAGAGAGAGAAAUCCGGCAGCAGCUGGCCGAGAAAGCUAAAGCCGGAGAGCUGAAAGUCGUCAACGGAGCGGCCUCCCAGCCUCCUUCCAAACGGAAACGGCGUUGGGAUCAGACGGCCGAUCAGACUCCCGGGGCCACCCCGAAAAAACUGUCCAGCUGGGACCAAGCCGAGACCCCCGGCCACACCCCCUCGUUGCGGUGGGACGAGACCCCCGGCCGGGCCAAGGGCAGCGAGACUCCCGGCGCGACCCCGGGCUCCAAGAUCUGGGACCCCACCCCGAGCCACACCCCGGCGGGGGCCGCGACCCCCGGGCGGGGGGACACUCCCGGCCACGCCACCCCGGGCCACGGAGGGGCCACGUCCAGCGCCCGCAAAAACAGAUGGGACGAGACCCCCAAAACCGAAAGAGACACUCCCGGGCACGGCAGCGGAUGGGCCGAGACCCCCAGGACCGACCGCGGCGGAGAUUCCAUCGGGGAGACGCCGACGCCCGGAGCCAGCAAAAGGAAAUCGCGUUGGGACGAGACCCCGGCCAGCCAGAUGGGCGGCAGCACCCCCGUGCUCACUCCCGGCAAGACGCCCAUCGGCACCCCCGCCAUGAACAUGGCGACGCCCACGCCCGGCCACAUGAUGAGCAUGACCCCCGAACAGCUCCAGGCUUGGCGGUGGGAGCGAGAGAUCGACGAGAGGAACCGCCCGCUUUCCGACGAAGAGUUGGACGCCAUGUUCCCGGAGGGAUACAAGGUCCUCCCCCCUCCGGCGGGCUACGUGCCCAUCCGGACCCCGGCUCGGAAACUGACGGCCACCCCGACGCCGCUGGGCGGGAUGAGCGGCUUCCACAUGCAGACCGAAGACCGCACCAUGAAGAGCGUGAACGACCAGCCCUCGGGGAAUCUGCCGUUUCUAAAGCCGGACGACAUCCAGUACUUCGACAAGUUAUUGGUGGACGUCGACGAAUCGACCCUUAGCCCGGAAGAGCAGAAAGAGAGAAAAAUCAUGAAGCUGCUCUUAAAAAUCAAGAACGGCACGCCUCCGAUGAGGAAGGCCGCGUUGCGUCAGAUUACCGAUAAAGCUCGCGAAUUUGGAGCCGGCCCGCUGUUUAAUCAGAUUCUCCCUUUACUGAUGUCGCCCACGCUGGAGGAUCAGGAGCGUCAUUUACUCGUCAAAGUCAUCGACAGGAUCCUGUACAAACUGGACGACUUGGUUCGGCCUUACGUCCAUAAGAUUCUCGUGGUCAUCGAACCCCUGUUGAUUGACGAAGAUUACUACGCUCGCGUGGAAGGCCGAGAAAUUAUCUCAAAUCUGGCUAAGGCCGCGGGGCUGGCCACCAUGAUCUCCACCAUGCGCCCCGACAUCGACAACAUGGACGAGUACGUCCGGAACACGACGGCCCGGGCCUUCGCCGUGGUGGCGUCCGCCCUGGGCAUCCCGUCCCUGCUGCCCUUCCUGAAGGCCGUGUGCAAGAGCAAGAAGUCGUGGCAGGCCCGCCACACCGGCAUCAAGAUCGUGCAGCAGAUCGCCAUCCUCAUGGGCUGCGCCAUCCUGCCCCAUCUCAGGAGCUUAGUGGAGAUCAUCGAGCACGGGCUGGUGGACGAACAGCAGAAAGUGCGGACCAUCAGCGCCCUGGCCAUCGCGGCCCUGGCCGAGGCGGCCACGCCCUACGGCAUCGAGUCUUUCGACUCGGUCUUAAAGCCCCUGUGGAAGGGUAUCCGCCAGCACCGAGGGAAGGGCCUGGCCGCCUUCCUGAAGGCCAUCGGGUACCUGAUCCCCCUCAUGGACGCGGAGUACGCCAACUACUACACCCGGGAGGUGAUGCUCAUCCUCAUCCGAGAAUUCCAGUCCCCCGACGAGGAGAUGAAGAAAAUCGUGUUGAAGGUGGUGAAGCAGUGCUGCGGAACGGACGGCGUCGAAGCCAAUUAUAUUAAAACCGAGAUUCUCCCUCCUUUUUUCAAACACUUCUGGCAACACAGAAUGGCCCUGGACCGGCGAAAUUACCGACAGCUGGUGGACACCACGGUGGAGCUGGCCAACAAAGUGGGAGCGGCCGAGAUCAUUUCCAGGAUCGUGGACGACCUGAAGGACGAAGCGGAGCAGUACCGGAAGAUGGUGAUGGAGACCAUCGAGAAGAUCAUGGGGAACCUGGGGGCCGCCGACAUCGACCACAAGCUGGAAGAGCAGCUCAUCGACGGGAUCCUGUACGCCUUCCAGGAGCAGACCACGGAGGACUCGGUGAUGCUGAACGGCUUCGGCACGGUGGUCAACGCCCUGGGCAAGCGCGUCAAGCCCUACCUGCCCCAGAUCUGCGGGACCGUCCUGUGGCGGCUCAACAACAAGUCGGCCAAAGUCCGGCAGCAGGCCGCCGACCUCAUCUCCCGCACGGCCGUCGUCAUGAAGACGUGCCAAGAGGAGAAGCUGAUGGGUCACCUGGGCGUGGUGCUGUACGAAUACCUGGGCGAGGAGUACCCGGAGGUGCUGGGCAGCAUCCUCGGAGCGCUGAAGGCCAUCGUGAACGUCAUCGGCAUGCACAAGAUGACCCCCCCGAUCAAAGACCUCCUGCCCAGGCUCACCCCCAUCCUGAAGAACAGGCACGAGAAAGUCCAGGAGAACUGCAUCGACCUCGUGGGCCGCAUCGCCGACAGGGGGGCCGAGUACGUGUCUGCGAGGGAGUGGAUGCGAAUCUGCUUCGAACUGCUGGAGCUGUUGAAAGCACAUAAAAAGGCGAUCCGGAGAGCCACGGUCAACACGUUCGGCUAUAUCGCCAAAGCUAUCGGGCCUCACGACGUGCUGGCCACCCUCCUCAACAACCUGAAGGUCCAAGAGCGUCAGAACCGCGUCUGCACCACGGUGGCCAUCGCCAUCGUCGCCGAGACCUGCUCGCCCUUCACCGUCCUGCCCGCCCUGAUGAACGAGUACCGCGUCCCCGAGCUCAACGUCCAGAACGGCGUGCUCAAGUCGCUCUCCUUCCUCUUCGAGUACAUCGGCGAAAUGGGCAAGGACUACAUCUACGCCGUCACCCCGUUGCUCGAGGACGCUCUGAUGGACAGGGACCUGGUGCACCGUCAGACGGCCAGCGCGGUGGUGCAGCACAUGUCCCUGGGCGUGUACGGCUUCGGCUGCGAGGACUCCCUCAACCACCUGCUCAACUACGUCUGGCCCAACGUGUUCGAGACGUCGCCGCACGUCAUCCAGGCCGUCAUGGGGGCCCUGGAGGGCCUGCGCGUGGCCAUCGGCCCCUGCAGGAUGCUGCAGUACUGCCUCCAGGGCCUCUUCCACCCAGCCCGGAAAGUGCGGGACGUCUACUGGAAGAUCUACAACUCCAUCUACAUCGGCUCCCAGGACGCCCUCAUCGCCCACUACCCCCGCAUCUACAACGACGAGAAGAACACCUACAUCCGUUACGAACUCGAUUACAUCUUGUAACCCGCCCCCCCCCGCCGCCCCCCGCCCCGGUCCUCCU